AUUUUCUAGGUUGAGUAUAUUCUCUUAGGGCAGGGCGUGCCAUAAGGGUUUCCAACGACAGCGCGCCCCUCAUCGAUAGAGCUGGCUCUGCUCCAUCUUCCCUGCGACGCGCGAUUAUCGAAUCGAGAGUGUGAGGCUUCUUCCAAGAGGGCAAUUGUUCUAGAAUGUUUGGAGGUGGAUACAGAAAAGACGAUGGAUUGCCUGCUGUAAGCACUGCGAAUAUUUUCUCUGCGCUUGAGCGAAAAUCCAGCAAGAAGAAGUUGGACAAGCAUGCAUUGCAAAGCAGCCAGAGUAAGCAGCAGGAGGACGCUGGCCAGUUUUGGGUGCCAAGUCCGGUUACCGUCAAGUCUUGGGCCGAUGUCGAGGACGACGACGAUUACUUUGCGACCACCGCACCGCUGCCAGCGAUCUGGGGCCAGACAACAACAAAGUCCUCGCAGGAACCCUCCGUGAACCAUGACUUGAAUCACUUGGAGGAUUCCGAGGUUGACGAGGAUUUUGACGAUGAUGCCGACGAAGAGGUCGAAGAAGAGAAAAGCGAGGAAGCCGGUGUCGUGAGUUCAGGACAAGCUGAGCAACGUCCUCAAACUCCCACGGUACUUCGCGAGCUGGACAAGCAGCUCUCCAAGAAGGAGAUCAAGAAGAAGGAAUUGGCGGAGCUUGCGGCAGUCCUGGCCGAGUUUGGCGUUUCCACGGAGGAGACGAAGAAAGAAGCGAAGAACGAAGACGACGAGGAUGCCGUUCCGAGCAACGACGGCGACGCUGCAAACAACGAGGCGGAGAGGAAGAUCGCGAAGAAGAAGAAGCCCAAGAAGGAGAAGACCGCUCCUGCCGUGCCCGUGAUCAUGGAGGAGAUCGAAUCGAACGUGACGGCGGUCGCGGAGCCGAUGGACGUUCUCAUCAAGAAGAAGCUGGUGGCGGGCAAAAAGAAGAAAUCCGUCAAGGAGAACAGCUCCGCCGCCACGAGCAAAGUCGCCGCCGAGGCCGCCGCUCGAGCUGCAAAGCUGGCCGCCGCCAAGAAGAAGGAGAAGAGCCACUACAACCAGCAGCCAGCUCGUUGAUUGCCGCCAUGGAUCUCGAUCGCUUUCCAUCCAGCAAGCUCCGGGACGCGAGAAAGAAAGAUCACAAAGACAAUGUUCUACCAUCAUUAUAUUAUAAAGUCGUGUUCUUUGCCUAUUGGCUGAA